AGACUGCAGAGACCUGCAAUCCAGUCACAUACGUGAGUAAAGAGAUAGUGGUCCUCAUGGAAGAAGAACAAGACUUAGCAGAGCAACCGGUGAAAAAAGCCAAGAUGCAGGAACCAGGAGAACAAACGUUAAGAUUAAAACUUCUCUUCAAAAUUGGAUUUAUUAAACCCCAAACCAGAGACUAGUUUGGGCAACUUAGCAAGACUCUGUCUCAAAAAACAACAAACAACUGCUCCUCCAACACAGCUUUUCCUCUAAGAUAUAUGCAAGUCUUUCGUUGUUAUGCCUUCAGACAUUUGUGGAGAAACUCAAAUGAAAAAAUGAUAUAUUCUUCAGUCAAAUGUACAGUAUACAAACCUGGAAGAAGAGACUGAAAUAAGGGAAAUACAGAAUUUGGCAUUAACAUCAAGUAAAUAACCCAGAUGCCAGUGAUCAGAAGCCUGAGACGUCCAGCCUUGCGUCAAAUCUCAGCAUGUCAGAGGAAAUUAUGACAUGCACCGAUUACAUCCCUCGCUCAUCCAAUGAUUAUACCUCACAAAUGUAUUCUGCAAAACCUUAUGCACACAUCCUCUCGGUUCCUGUUUCGGAAACCACUUAUCCUGGGCAGACUCAGUAUCCGACACUGCAGCAGUCCCAACCCUACGCUGUCUACCCUCAGGCAACGCAAACCUAUGGACUACCUCCUUUCGGUGCACUGUGGCCAGGUAUGAAACCUGAAAGUGGUUUAAUUCAGACUCCAUCUCCAAGUCAACACAGUGUUCUUACCUGCACUACAGGGUUAACCACAAGCCAGCCAAGCUCAGCACAUUAUUCUUAUCCCAUUCAAGCUUCAAGUACAAAUGCCAGCCUGAUAUCCACUUCAUCUGCAAUUGCCAAUAUUCCAGCAGCAGCCGUGGCCAACAUCUCAAACCAGGACUAUCCCACCUAUACUAUUCUUGGACAGAAUCAGUACCAGGCCUGCUACCCCAGUUCCAGCUUUGGAGUCACAAGUCAGACUAACACUGAUGCUGAGAACACAGCAUUAGCAGCUACAACGUACCAGACAGAGAAGCCUAGUGCUAUGGUACCUGCACCAGCCACACAAAGACUUCCCUCUGCAGACUCCUCUGCAAGCCCACCUUUGUCCCAGACUACACCAAAUAAAGAUGCUGAUGAACAGUCCAGGAAAAACAUGACUGUCAAGAACCGGGGCAAGAGGAAAGCUGAUGCCAGCUCUUCCCAGGACAGUGAAUUAGAACGGGUAUUUCUCUGGGACUUGGAUGAAACCAUCAUCAUAUUUCAUUCCCUUCUUACUGGAUCCUAUGCUCAGAAGUAUGGAAAGGACCCAACAGUAGUAAUUGGCUCAGGUUUAACAAUGGAAGAAAUGAUCUUUGAAGUGGCUGAUACACAUCUAUUUUUCAAUGACUUAGAGGAGUGUGACCAGGUGCAUGUGGAAGAUGUGGCUUCUGAUGACAACGGCCAGGAUUUGAGCAACUACAGUUUCUCAACAGAUGGCUUCAGUGGUUCAGGAGGCAGUGGUAGCCACGGCUCAUCUGUGGGUGUUCAGGGAGGUGUGGACUGGAUGAGGAAACUCGCCUUUCGCUACCGAAAAGUGAGGGAGAUCUAUGACAAGCAUAAAAGCAACGUGGGAGGCCUCCUCAGCCCCCAGAGGAAGGAAGCACUGCAGAGACUCAGAGCAGAGAUCGAGGUGCUGACGGACUCCUGGUUAGGAACUGCGCUCAAGUCCUUGCUUCUCAUCCAGUCUCGAAAGAAUUGUGUGAACGUUCUGAUCACCACCACCCAGUUGGUUCCAGCCCUGGCCAAGGUACUUCUGUACGGACUAGGAGAAAUAUUUCCUAUUGAAAACAUCUACAGUGCUACCAAAAUCGGUAAGGAGAGCUGCUUUGAGAGAAUUGUUUCAAGGUUUGGAAAAAAAGUCACAUAUGUAGUGAUUGGAGAUGGACGAGAUGAAGAAAUUGCAGCCAAGCAGCACAACAUGCCCUUCUGGAGGAUCACAAACCAUGGAGACCUGGUGUCCCUGCACCAGGCUUUAGAGCUUGACUUCCUCUAAGAACUGGAAUGUGGAACCUUCCUUCUUUGUGAGCUUCUUCUUACCUCCAACAGGAGCCAGAAGCCAGAACCCUCUGAGCCCCUUCUCUCCUGUCUGUCUCUCCGUGUCUCAGCGUCCCCUGCCCUUCUCUUCUGCUCUUUCCCUCUCCAUGGAAUGCUGGCGAGAACACAAUCAGAACCAACAACUGCAGUUAUAUUGAGUGAGCUGCAGCCCACGUCCACUGUACAGCAGGAGGUGGCUGGAUAGAGCUGCAGACUGGCUGCAGCUACCGUGCUUUAAUUUUUCUGUUUCAAUUGAAAAAUGAAGAACAAGAAAAGCCAGUGCUCGCUCAGGGCACAGUUGUACUCUGGCUGCAUGGACAGACUGGGAGCUGCUCCUGAUCGUGUGAAUGGAAAAUGUGUCCCCUUGAGAUCGUCUUCUGUUCUCUUAGCUAUAGAACGUCUCUCCCAGUGAAUGGGUAUGUUAUUUUUAUAGGUGAGGGUCUGGCCUCUAAAGCAGCCUCCCCCACUUCUCUAUGAAGAAAAUGUGUAAAGUCUACGUGACAGUAGUAAUGGAAAUAUCUAAAUACCUCCGUGACAGGACCUCUUCUGCACAGGACAGAGGCUCCAGUGCCCUGGUCUCUAGGGAGGCUCCUUGCCAUCUAGAGGGCCCUGGUCACUUUGGCAUCUCCCACCUUGUAAGCCUCGGUCUCCUUGGCAAUCCUUCUUCAUCUGUAACCAAACAGCACAACCCUGGAAACUCCUUCCCACAGACAAUAAAUCUAAGCCUUUAGCUUAUAAUCCAGAAGCUCUGUCCCAGGAAGCUCAGCCUCUGAACUGGAGAGGAGGGUCUUGGACCUCUUAGGAAUUUCUCCCUUGGUUCCUGAGGUAAGAUUUCACCCCGUGCUCCUGCAGAGCAAAUGCUUCCUCUGUGGUCGGCUCAGUCGUCAGUACUGGGCUCACACUCACUGUCCUCACAACCACCUGUCUCCAUGCAGCUCUGGCCAGGCCCUGCCCACUCAAGUCAGCAAGGCCAAGGGCACACUCUAGGUGCUUCCUUCACCUGCACUUACAUGUGAUGACCCACCUUGUAUUUAUACAGAUCUGCGCCUAGGAGUGGAGAACAGAGCUAGAAUCAAAACCCAGUUUCCCAUGAAGUAUCCCACGGCCCAGAGUCCAUGCUGAAGUGGGAACCCAGGCCAGAAAGACUUUGACUUAAAUGCUUGAAAAUACAAUCCUGAGCUAGGUGCAAGAGCACCUCUCAAGCCUGCCCCUUAGACAGUUAGGAGGGGAACUAGGCCUCAGUGCCAGCCCUCAAGCCCAGCUGUGUUUUGGUUUUGUUUAGGUUUUUGUUUGGGUUUUUUGUUUGGGUUUGGUUUAGUUUUUAAGGCACUAACCCUUCAGGACCAAUGUUGGAGCCUGUGUAAUUGGGUUAAACUUCCCUAGAGCUGAGGAAAUGUGCAGCCUUGGUCUUCAGGGGGUCCUUGACCAACCCCCAACUAUAGUUACUGUCCCCAUAGAUACCACAGCCCAGAGGCAAAAACCCCUCUGCAUGCUAGGCUACCAGAUAACAGCAGAAAGGCUGACACGCCAUCUUCAGAACUGUUGGACACUUCUGAGUACUUCUGGGACCAGCAGUUGAGGAAGGGCCUCAGACAGGAGGUGAGGUUGGUGUCUUGGCCACUCAUUUGGCUUUGUUUCGAGGUACAGGGUGGGAGCAAGGAGCUAGGGUCUAAGCCAGACCUUCCUAGGCUGCAGUUAGCACUGCACAGCUGUCCUAGUCCUGGCCAGCCUUGCUUUGUGGUCCAACAUAGAAAACUCCAGGAUGAGUUUUACUUUCAAGUCUCAAACCCUUCCCUGGUUAACCGUGUAGUGUCUUGUCCUGGACAGUGCCACCCAAUUUCAUGGGUGCUGUGCUUCAGGCUCACCAGACUGCCAAGUGGUGACACGCCCCUCUGCACACAGGUACCAUCACAAACACUUCAGGGGAGACUCUUUAUUCUUAGACUAUAACAGGGGACCCCUUUCCUCUUGCCCUGGCUGGAAAAGCACGGAGGUGUUCUGAACUGAGUGGCUACCGCUCCCACAGCAGUUAUCCUGUCAGGAUGGACAGAGCAGGAGUGAUUGCUGUCUCCAGCGGCUGCUGCCCUUUGUGUUGACUCUCCCUCCCUCCCACAAAGGCUUGGGAAGGAAAAUGAGCAGGCAGCAUUAAGGGCUGCUAGUAGGAGAAAGAUGGCUUGGUGGUAAUAGUGCCCGCAGCUUGUGCAGAGGUCCGAGGUCUGAGCGCCCACGGGCUGUUCACGACCUCUAGCUGCAGCUCCAGAGGGUUUGUUGCCCUCUUCUGGCCUCUUCGGGCACUAAGCACUUACAUACAUGUAAGAAAACACUCAUGAGUAUAAAAUAAAAUUUCUUUUAAUAUUAAAAGCUGUUGGAAGUUAGACUUGAAGGAAACUGGGGCCUUCCAUCAUCAGAAGGCAAUCCUUACUGAAGGAACACCUUGAAGAAAUUAGCUGGUGAAUCCUUUCCCUGCUGGAUCUUGUGUUCUGGAAGAUUAGUCUGGACAUCUCAUGUUUGACAGCUAGUUCUAGAAGUGUCUGUGGAGUUGCAGGACUGUCCUGAGAUACAAGGUGGCUUGACUUUCGAAUGUAAAAGUGACUGUGCCUUAGCAUCACCCUGUCCAGUGCCCCUGGGGCAGCUGGUGAUGUCCGCGAAAGUGGAUACCUGCUCCACAUUUUAGGUGCCUAUUUGGGCUUUUGAUUUGGGGGUGUUCUCUUCUCUGCUAGGUGGGUGUCAGAGCUAGUGUCCCAAGAGACUUGGCACAGCUUGUUUGCGUUCACCCAAACCCAACCUUCACAGUUCCAAGUAGAAUCUGAUUGGCAAACUGCAGCUGCAAGCACAUGGCGCUUCUAUAGACACUGCUUUGAAUGGGAGUCCCACAACUAUCAGCACCAGCUCCGUGCUGUCCUGGAAGAGUACAGGCUAGCCUCCCAAGUCCCAAGCUUGGGCCGUUCCUCACUCUCCCCCCAGGUUUUAGCUGGAGCCCUUGAAUAAGCUUGUGCUCCUGCUGCUCACCUGCUCAAGUAGCUAGACCUACCCAGACACAUUCAUUGUAGAUGCCAAGUUGGCAUUCUGAGCUUCCCGAGUAUCUUAACCACAAGAGGGAAAACUGGUUGUGUCCCAGCUUCAUCCAAGGGCCACUCGCCCUCCCUCUGCCCUGAGUCAAUUCUAGUGAGCAUGGGCCUCACUGAGCAGAACCAUCCCAGUUAAGGACCAUCUCUACUUGGAUCAGCACUCGCCCUCUGGACUCAGAUGCCUCUUUAGCAGGGAAAGGCAUCAUUUGGGUUGGAUAUAUAUAUUUAUGUGACUGCGGGCAUUUGUGGCUAUAGAGUCCUUGACCAUAAUGUUAUAUGUAAUGGGAACUAUCUUAUAAACUUGAAAAAAUAAAGUUUUUAUUUUCUAUACAGUUUUCUCCUUUGUCUUUUCUAAAUAUGGUUAGCCCAUUUGCCAAGCCGUGCAGGGUCCUAAUCAGGGCUUCAUUAAGAUGUCACCCUUUAAUAACUGAGUCAUUCAUUUCAUACAUACAAAAAGUGAUCAUUUGGUCUGUGUUGGAAAAUAAAAGGAUGUAAAGUUUGCAAGAGGAAUGUUUAUUUGAAUUGUUUCUAAAAUACACUGCUUUUUAAAGUGGAAAAAUGGUAUAGAUUUCAUGAGCUGUCAAGUGUGCUGAACUAAGAAGUCAGUCUGUGCUGAGCAUUAAGCUGCAAACCCAAUAAAACUAACAAACUAAUAUGAAA